CGCGGGAGACAUCCUGAAAAUAACACAGUUUUGCGGCAUGAAUGCGCCCACGCCGCGGCGCUACCGUCGCACUUAUCCGCCAUUUUCACACUCUUCGAGCUUUCCCGCACGCAGAUCACGGAGCAUCCCCCGCGUCGGUAGUGGUGCGAGACACGAGUCGUGUCGCAAUCCGUGGUGCCCCUACACGUGCAGUAGAUACUUGGCAACUUAAUAAAUAAUAUCAAGCUUUACUGGUUUCUAAUCUAAAGUCGUUCGAGCCGAUGACUCUCAUCCAACGAUCUUGUGAUACAAAGGUUGACGCAAUGGAUCGGCUCACCAAUAAAGAGAACAACGAGAAACCUGCAAGACCCGUAAGGAACAGAAGAUAUGCGAGACAUAGUUUCGUGGCCGGGCAUCGACCACAAAAGAGACUUUUCACUCCUGAAAUAAAAAGGUAUUUGAAGGACUGGCUGGUACGCCGAAGAGAUAAUCCGUAUCCCAACAGAGAAGAAAAAAAAUAUUUAUCACGCGAAACAGGACUUACAUAUAUCCAAAUUUGCAAUUGGUUUGCCAAUUGGCGAAGGAAAUUGAAGAAUGCGAAUGGCGAUCGUCACCAUUUGACUUGGGGCCAUCUUAUUCGUACUUACAACGAUCGCGCUCAAGGAAACGUUGAGCAGUUUAGUAUUUGUUCUGACGACAGCAUCUGGAGCGAACCCGAACUGUGCAGUCCAGACCAAAACAGCUUAGAAAACGAAGUCAUUUUAACCGACAGCCCUAGUUCCGGACUUUAUGAAAAAGAAACAGAAACAGCACUCAAAGACCGGUGCGAUAAUUUGAACAAUAAUUCAUACAGCUUUGAUCACGACAGUCCUCAGGAGAAUUCUAAGGCAGUCACGAGCCCCGUUCUUUUAAGUAAGUGGUUAGAAAGUGCAGCUAGAUUCCAACCGAGCGAAAUCAAUUAUUCGUGGUGGGCAGACGAGAAACGACGUCGACCAGAAGCUAAGGCUCAGCGGGUGGCACUAAAUAAUAUGAUACGACACGAUCGAGACGAGGUCGAGGCAGCAGUUGCCCUCACGGUCCUCGCAACGGCUUCUUCACGCAUAACAGCACCAUAAAGCGAUCGAAUUAAAAUGACUAUGUACGAAGAUUGUUAUGUUGAUAGUGUUGAAAAACCACUAAACCUGGUAUAGAUUCUUAGUCAAAACUUGUUACUUUUGUAACUUAUUGUAUUUUAAUCAAACCAAAGUCAACAUUUAAUAUCCAUUUAGGAACCUUUGUACCCAAAGCACAUACCAUUUACACUGGAAUCUUGCUCAAGUAUUAUUAACGUUUAUAUAAGUAUUAAAUUUUGAAACUCUUUUUUUUCAAAUAUAAAGUAUGUUAUGGUAUGUAAAAGUUGUAGAUUUUAAUAUUUUUUGAUCUCUUUGUAAUUAGUUUUAAUUAGU